AAUCGUGCGACCGGAUGUCGUAGCUGCCAGGACCUGGUGGGUGCGGGCGAGGAGCUUCCCAGGUAGCGUGGUGGUGCACGCCGGGAAGCUGAUUUCCAGGGGUUCGAAGCCAGGCUAGGCUGCACAGUGAGACCUGAACAGAAAACAGUGGCAGGAACUUCCCCUUUGCCCAGCUCUUGGGAAGCCUUGAUGGAGCACUCCUCGGGUAGAGCCUCGCCUGUGGGAGACAGGCGCGGCCGGGGGCUGCCUAACCCCGGCAGUUGACUUACCCUGAAUCCCAGCCAAGAUCAGACAGGUUUUCAUGUAUCUCUGGCCACCUGGCUGGCCUUGAACUUGCUAUGCAAUAGAGGAUGACCUUGAAUUUCCGAUCUUCCUUCUGCUUCCUGGGUGCUGAGAGUAAGGGGCCAUGAUACCUACCAGACUUCUUUUGGCAAGGUCCUCCACUGUGUUGGGUGUUUCAAAGUGGGCUCCAUCCACAUGGGCUGCCCUGAAGCUCAGCCAGCUCCAUUCACUGCAGGCAUCAUCUAGAUUGUUCUCUCUGGGCACUGUAGACCAUGCUAAGCACCAAGAGGCCUCCGGAAAGAAGCUGCUGUCAGAGAAAAAACUGAAAAGACAUUUUGUGGAUCACCGGAGAGUUCUAGUCCGUGGAGGAAAUGGAGGAUCCGGCAUGAGCUGUUUCCACAGUGAACCCCGCAAGGAGUUUGGAGGUCCUGAUGGCGGGGAUGGAGGAAAUGGUGGACACAUCAUUCUGAGAGUUGACCAGCAGGUGAAGUCCUUGUCCUCGGUCUCGUCCCAGUACCAGGGUCUCAGUGGAGAAGAUGGUGGCAGUAAAAACUGCUUUGGGCGGAGUGGUGCCGCCCUCUACGUCCAGGUUCCUGUGGGUACCUUGGUGAAAGAGGGAGGUGAGGUUGUGGCUGACCUAUCUCACCCAGGAGACGAGUACAUUGCUGCACUGGGAGGUGCAGGAGGAAAAGGCAAUCGCUUCUUCCUGGCCAAUGACAACCGUGCCCCUGUUACUUGUACCCCUGGACAACCGGGUCAGGAGCGGGUCCUCUACCUGGAGCUCAAGACAAUGGCCCAUGCUGGGAUGGUUGGCUUCCCCAAUGCUGGGAAAUCUUCUCUCCUCCGAGCCAUUUCAAAUGCAAAGCCUGCUGUAGCUUCCUACCCAUUCACCACCUUGAACCCUCACGUGGGGAUCGUUCACUAUGAAGGCCACCAACAGGUAGCAGUGGCAGACAUCCCAGGCAUCAUCCGAGGUGCACACCAGAACAAGGGCCUGGGGCUCAGCUUCCUCAGGCAUAUUGAACGUUGUCACUUCUUCCUGUUUGUGGUAGAUCUUUCCUUGCCUGAGCCGUGGACUCAGGUUAAUGAUUUAAAAUAUGAACUAGAGAAGUAUGAAGAAGGCCUAUCUGGGAGGUCCCAUGUGAUCAUCGCAAAUAAGAUUGAUCUCCCGCAGGCCAGAGCCCACCUGCCCCAGCUCCAAGCCCGCCUAGGACAGGAAGUCAUCGCCUUGUCAGCACUGACUGGAGAGAACCUGGAGCAGCUGCUUCUGCACCUGAAGGUGCUGCACGAUGCUCACAUGGACGCCGAGCUGGAGCAGGGCCGCCAGCCCUUCAGGUGGUAGUGGGCACAGGGCUUCAUGCCCCUGGGCCAGCAUGGGGCAAGGGUGGCCAGCAGUCACCGGAAGCAAACACAAACCUAUUAUCAAGUGUGGGCAGCGUUGAACACCUGAGAGAAAGUACUGGGAAAUAUU